AUGGUCGUCCUCCACACAUCCUCGCUCGCCGAGUUCGACCGGCUCAAGUCGGCCAACACGUACCUCGUCGCAGACUUCUACGCCGACUGGUGCGGGCCCUGCCACGCCAUCAAGCCAAUGUACGAGAACCUCGCAAACACCCACGGCCAGCCCGGCCAGCUCGUCUUCGUCAAGGUGAACGUCGACUCGGCCACCGACAUUGCCCGCCGCUACGGCGUGACCGCCAUGCCGACCUUCAUGUUCUUCGAGAACGGCCAGCCCUACAACGGCGGCCGAAGCGUCAUCCGUGGCGCCGACCCGCGGAGCUUGACCACUACCGUCCAGGAACUGUCCCAGCUCGCCAAGAAGAAGUCUGCCGAGGCGGCUGCCGCGGCCGCGAAAAAGGCCGAGGCCGAGAAGCGGAAAAGGGAGGAGGCCGAAAAGGCCGAAGCGAAGCCUGACGAUGGCUCGACUGUCUCGGGUGGAUAUACGCUAGGAGGCGACGGCGGCAAGAGGUCGGACUGGAAGAUGUCUCUGAGGUGA